AUGGAGAAGGGUUUUGAAUCCUGGUUUCAAAGCCAACAAAUCGAUCCAAAUUUGUCGAGUGCUCCCGGUUUCCGGCACCGGAUUAACAUUCCAUCUUUGGGGAACAUGCUUUCACCUUACGGAAACCCCCCGGAAUUCGCAAUUCCAGCCAGCAAACCGGAACAACUUCCUGAACCUGUACAGAAGAAGUUUCUAGUGUUUGAUCAAUCGAAUGAUCGGACCACGCUGAUUUACAGCUCGAUUCCGAUUCCGUACCACCUCCCGGAACCACAAUUCACCUUUGAAAUGAAAAAUGAGGAUUUGGUUAUGGAAAAACACAAGGAUACCCGUUCUUCGGAUUCGUUUCAUGAGGAUACAGAAGAGCUCAAGGCAUUGCUAUAUUCUGAUGACGACGGAAUCGAUGAUUCCGAAGACGAGGAUGAACAGAGUACCGGGCAUUCCCCGGUGAUGGGGUUCGGUAGCCAUGAAUGGCUUGAAGAAGUAGCGAGUUCGAUGGAUUGUAGGAAACGCCGGAAACUGGAUUCCGGAGAGUAUGAUGCGGUUUCCCUUGAGGACACAGCAAGCUCCGGUGUUAAUUGCUCCGGUGAGGCGGAGCUCAGUAGCUGCGGGAAUAAUGGCGGGAAUGGGGUGGCGGAUGUGGAAUCAGGGGGUAAGAGGUUAAGAAAAGAGAAAGUGAGGGAGACUAUAAGUGUUCUUCAGAAUCUGAUUCCUGGUGGUGGGAGGAAUGGGAAGGAUGCCAUGGUAAUUCUUGAUGAAGCCAUUAAUUACUUGAGAAUUUUGAAGGUGAAAGCUAAAGCCUUGGGGCUUGAUUCUCUCUGA